AUGCAGCUCAAGAACCUCAUUGUUGCCUCGCUUGCCGCUGUUAGCAGCGCUGCCGUCAUCCAGGAGCGACAGUUCCCAGAUAACUUGAUCCCGGAUAACUUGAUCCCAACCGAAAUCCAGGGUAUUUUCACCGAGCUCCCAAGUGAGGUCCAGGGCAUCUUCAGCCAGGUCACCGGCUUCCUCGUUCCAUUGAUCACCGCCAUUCCACCAUCUCUUGCAUCUGAGAUCGAAAGCGUUAUACAAACACUUCCCACAUCUGCCUACCCGUCUUUCAUCUCCUCUAUAAUCUCCCAACUCCCACCUGAUCUCCAGUCUUCUUUCAGUGAUUUCCAGGCAUCUAUUACCAGCCAAAUAGGAGACCUAACUACUUUGACGGAUAUUACUACGACUCCUGCCCCCACUGGUACCGAGAGUAUCGUAACAAGCACCGAUACCAAUACCGAGGCUACUGAAACCGGAGCCUCAACCUCUGGAUCGAGGACCACUGGUGGACCAGAGACUAGCACCGAGGCCAACAGUGUCACGACCGGCAGCAGCACUACCUCCGCUCCAACCGCCAGCGGGACACCCAAUUCCGGCUCGAAGACAUUUGUCGGUCUUGGCGUCAUGGGAGUUGCCGGUGUUUUGGGUCUUGCCGUCGCACUGUAA